CAACAAGUUGUCUUCUCGUUUCGGCCGCCACCAACUGCAACCCCACCGCGGCCGCCGCCGCCGCCUCCUCCGCCGCCGCUAGGGUUUCGGAGCAGAGGAUCGCCGCCGAUGUCGACGCCUGCGAGGCGCCCCUUCCGCCGCGGGGCCCCACCCCCCGGCACCGGCUACGUGCGCCGCGGGCCCCCCGCCGACGCCGCCAAGCCCCGCGGCCCCGCCGCGCCGGUGCCCUUGCGCAAGCCCGUCUUCACCACCAUCGAUCAGCUGCGCCCCCAGACGCACGGCCACACCCUCACCGCCCGCGUCCUCUCCGCCCGCACCGUCCUCGAGAAGCACUCCACCCACGUCGGACGCACCCGCGUCGCCGAGUGCCUCGUCGGAGACCACACCGGCACCAUCCUCGUCACAGCGCGCAACGACCAGAUUGACCUCGUGAAGCCGGAUACGACAGUGAUCUUCCGCAACGCCAAGAUUGACAUGUUCAAGGGGACCAUGAGGCUGGCAGUGGACAAGUGGGGGAGGAUUGAGGUGACUGACGCUGCUGAGUUCAAGGUGAAGGAAGACAACAACAUGUCGCUGGUGGAGUACGAGCUGGUGGACGUGGCGGAGGAAGAGGAUUGAGUAGAGUCAUAUGACCCUCUGUUGAAUGAAUUCGGGCUGUGGACAUAGAUUUCAGUAAGGCAGCCGUAGCAGUAGGCUCCUUUUAGUUAUCCUGGCGAUUGGAACUUGUUAGCUUUAAGAUAUGUUGAAGCAGCAGGAUAAUUAUGUACAGCAGCAGCGGCAAGCACAGCUCCAGCUGGUGGUCUGUCUGGCUGUUGCUUUCCGAGGCUAGGCCUGGUCUAUCUUAAUGCUAUUCUCUCAUUGGGUGUUUAUGAAUCAGUUUCCAUUUCGACAUCUGCUUUAUGUUUGUGCCUGUGAUGUGA